UCUACAGACACAGACACACAGACUCUAUAUAAACCGGGUCCAAUGGAGCUGCCGGACUCAAACCUGUGCAGGUCCAAGAUGAUUUGCAGUCUGCAAAUGGAAAUGGCUCCCUCUUCCUCUUUACCUCUCUUCCCCUCUCUCUCCCUCUGUCUCCCUGUCUCCCUCCUCUCUCCCUCUGUCUCUCUUUUCAUCUCUCUGUGGUCGCUGCUGAUCUUCAACAACCAGGCCUCCUCCAGGUCCACAUGUGUGAGCAAGGAGCAGUUCGACAGCCGGGCCGAUGCGUUCCUCCGGUCCUACCGGCGCACCGGGCUGAAGGACUCCGCCGAACCGGAGCCGAGGACCUGCAAGCAGGCGGUCGAAGAGCUGCAGGGAGACCUGAACAAGCGCGCCUUGUCCCCGUGGAGGUACAGCCUGAACCGAAGCGACGACCGGGUCCCUCACAAGAUCGCCUUCGCUGAGUGCGUCUGUCAGGGCUGCAUCAUCGACCAGCGCGAAGACCUGACCUACAACUCGGUCCAGGUGUUCGCUCCGCUGAUGGUCCUGAUAAGAAGCCCCUGCCCGACCGAAGACAACAAAUACCUGCUGAAGAAGGAGGUGAUUGAAAUCCCCGUGAGCUGCACCUGCGCCCUCCCCAGAUACAUUGAGGGAUGAAACCCUCUCCCGGACUCAUCUUUUACGUCUCUAUCAACCGACAAAAAGCCGCAAUCUUGUUUUUAGUUUUUAUCUAUUUUAGUUUGUUUGUGGUAAAAUUUUGAGUUUUGUUAAAUUAUUGAUCGAAGUGUUAAAAGAACGUCUCGAAGUAAAGACACAGAGUUUAAAACAACCUUCGUCCAGACGGGGACGAAAUAUGUCGUGUUCAUGGUCCCCAGAGGAUGAAUCCAACUGAUUAUUAUUGAUCGCCUGUUUUUACAGCAGCAGGUUGACAUUUAAUGAUCAAUACUGUAGAAAAUAUGUUAAGUAGGUCCUUAUUAUUUCUUAUUUAUUUUUAAUUUAUCUCUAGUCUGUUAAAGAAAACAUAUUAUAAUGGGUAUAAAU